ACAGUUAUGCAGAGCACUGGUAUUCUGCAUAGAAGCUCCCUCUCCCACACACACACAUACACACUUCUGUUCUAUGCUCGCUAUUUCUGGCCAGUGUCCCAGUAACCAGUAUUAUCAAGGCCCCUGGAUCCCAGGCCGCUUGUUUUGUCUCCCUGUUAACUUUACAGCUUGAAUACAGUCAAUACUUUUUAUCGUAAAGCAUCUGUAAGCAUGGCGGAUACUACUCUGCAGAUUGUUGAGCAGCCAACUACUCCAAUUACUCCUGAUACCCCUCCUGAGGAACCACAGGUGGACAGUGAACCCAUCAAAGCAGAUCAGAUUAAUGGGGUCUUGGUGCUGAGUUUAUUGGACAAGAUCAUAGGUGCUGUGGACCAGAUCCAGCUGACCCAAGCCCAGCUGGAGGAGAGGCAACAAGAGAUGGACAGUGUAGUUGGCAGCAUCCAAGGGGAACUGACCAAACUUACCAAGUCCCAUGCUACCACCAGCAAUACAGCAAGCAAACUGCUGGAGAAGGUGAGGAAAGUGAGUGUCAAUGUCAAGACAGUGAGGCAGAACCUGGAGAGGCAAGCAGCACAGAUCAAAAAGCUGGAAAGCAAUGAGUCUGAGCUGCUGAGACGAAGGAACUUCAAAGUUAUGAUCUACCAGGAUGAAGUGAAGUUACCCUCCAAACUGAGCAUCAGCAAGUCUUUGAAGAAUACUGAGAAAGAGGCGGUGGAAGGUGAAGAUCAGCAGAAGGAAAAUAAGGAUGAAAAUGAAGAUGAAAUCCAAUUAUCUUCUGAUGAAGAAGUUGAAGUGGAAGAAAUAAUUGAAGAGUCUAGAGCUGAGCGCAUCAAAAAAAGUGGGAUGAGACGUGUUGAUGAUAUCAAGAAAGCCUUUUCCAAGGAGAAAAUGGAGAAGACCAGGCUUAAGACUAGAGAGAACCUGGAGAAGACUAAAGUCAAAACCAAAGAGAAUUUGGAGAAAACUAAGCAGAACUUGGAGAAGACGAGGCACACCAUUGAAAAGAGGAUGAAUAAGCUGGGAACCAAGAUUGUGACAAAUGAGAGGCGGGAAAAGAUAAAGACCUCUAGAGACAAGUUCAAGAAGUCCUUCACACCUGACCACGCUGUCUAUGCCCGUUCCAAAACGGCUGUCUACAAAGUGCCACCAUUCACCUUCUAUGUCAAAAAGAUCAGGGAGGGGGAAGUAGAAGUUCAGGCUACAGAGAUGGUAGAAGUAGGAUUGGAGGAUGAAGAGGAAGGUGAAGUUUCUGAGCUAUUGAGAGGAGAAAGUCCUGAUGCCCAUGAGCUGUUACAGAUCACAGAGGACACUGAUGCUGUAUUAGCUGAGAAAAGCGACAGCGAAUAAUGAAAAUGAGGGGUACUGUGUUACUUCCAUGUGGACAGCUUGAUUUAUAACCUUUUUUCACAUUUCAAACCAAUUUCCUUUCUUUUUCAUAUACACAUGUAUUUUUCAUUUACUUUUUCCAGCUCUUAAUAACAAGUAAAAAUAAAAUAUAUAUAUAUAUUUACCAAUCUUUAAGCCCAGCAGCCGCACAAGCAGUGAAGUAUUAAUAAAAAUGCUCCUGUCAUAUUCACAGGUAUAUAUUUACAGCAAAGCUAUUUUUUAUCUUCUUAUGUUUCUUCAACCUGAAAUCUCCCAUCCCAUAAAGGUCCUGGUCUGCAUUUCAAAGCACUGUGUUGUUUAGUAUGGACAUUGCACUACCAUCAUUGACAUGUGGUGAAUGCACGCAAAUUGCUGCCAGGUUAAAAUAAGUUUGUCUUGUAGGAAUAAAAACUUUAGCUUUGA